AGUCCUUUUUGUCGUUCUCACGGUACGCAUUGCUGAUCCUACAGCAAAAAUUUCCAGUGACGCACUUGAUUCAUUAGAUAUGGAGAAAAUCGAUUGCCAUUUACGUAAAUCCCGGCACCUUCCCCUAAAUCCAGAUCAGUCGUGUUCAAGUACAUAUCCUCUGUACAGUGACAGCAGCUGCUGCAGGGAGAAGCCCGCUGUAUGCAACACAUCGCACCAACGCUAUAGGGACCUCUUCGAGCCGUGUCAGCACACACAUCCUGUUCAUUUUGUAUCAAAUAUAGUCAGGCUUGUGAUUUAUCGGAAGACUACGACGAAAAUACCCACUGACUGAUAGCCACCAUAUGGUCAGCGGUUUUUGCAUACAAAAUCGCCAGAAGAGUCAUGGUUGUCUUGCGCUUUUUCCUGUCCAUCAUAUUCUUGGGAAAUGCUCUGUGUAUCAAGGUCGAUUUUAAGCACCAUGAUCAGACGGAACUAGAAGAUACGCUUGUUAGUGUGGCCGAGCAGUGUCCUAAUAUUACCCGCGUCUACCAGUUGGAAAACCCUUCGGUGCUGGGAACACCUUUAUGGGUGUUAGAGUUUUCUAGCACUCCUGGCGUCCAUGAACUGCUGAAACCCGAGUUUAAGUACAUUGGCAACAUCCAUGGAAAUGAAAUCGUGGGACGGGAAAUGUUACUGCACUUAGCCGGAUAUCUCUGCAAUGAAUACACAGCCGGCAACAAGAACAUUAAAAAACUGAUAGAACGCACGCGCAUCCACAUCUUGCCAACAGCGAAUCCUGAUGGUUACGCCGUAGCUGCGCAAACCGGUUCGAAGGGAAACUGGCUGGAAGGACGCACCAACGCCAACGAUGUUGAUCUAAACCGCGACUUUCCUGACCUUAACCAGCUGGCAUAUGACGCGGAAGAUCAGAAGAUUGUUGACGGGAACUACCGCAAGAUUUUACAGGUUGCCAAUCAGUUUUCUCAGAUGCAACCGGAAACACUGUCUCUCGUCACAUGGAUUUUUGAUAAUCCCUUUGUACUAUCAGCCAGUCUGCACGGCGGUGACCUUGUCGUGAAUUACCCCUAUGAUGAGAGCCGCUCCGGGAAACCAAGUGAGGAAUACACUGCAUCACCGGAUGAUGCCACUUUUCGUCAACUAGCCCUCGCUUAUGCGGGCAAACAUAAGCAAAUGAUGAACAUUGAGCGGCAUGCUUGCGAGAGCAAUGGAAUUAAUUUUGCCAAACAACAGGGCAUCACUAAUGGGGCUGACUGGUACAGCGUGAAAGGAGGCAUGCAAGAUUUCAACUAUUUGGCAUCGAAUGCCUUUGAGUUGACGAUGGAGCUGGGAUGUCGGAAGUUCCCAGAAGAAUCGGAGCUGAAACGAUAUUGGAACGACAAUAUGGACGCUUUAGUCAACUUUAUGUGGCAGAGCCACGUGGGGAUUAAAGGGCUGGUGUACGAUUUGAUCACUGGUGACCCCAUUACAAACGCGAUUGUUGUUGUGCGCAAUGAAACGAACGGAGAACGCAUUGCUCAUAACACCACAUCAACUAAAUAUGGAGACUACUUCCGGCUGCUGGUACCCGGCAAAUACGAAAUCUACGUCGAAGCGCCUGGUUAUAUUCCACAGAUAGAAACGGUCACUAUACCAGUUCUGUUGUCCAACGAAAGCGUUGCAGAUAAGAAUGAGCUGAUCAUCAAUUUUGCCAUGAUUCCCCGUGAUGUCGAUGAGCAGACUUACAUGGAAAACGUGAACAAAGAUCGGCAAGUAAUAGAGGAUGAACGAGAUUACGAACCAGCCCCCGAAAUGGCUAAUCCUGCGUAUCCUUAUCAAGACGAGGAAAUUCAGGACGUCUUGAACCUCCUGAGAAGCCCGAUGAAAACCCCGGUAUCUGACCAGAAUGCUCCAAAAUAUAAAGGUCAAAAAUCUGCGGACAAUGAGAACAAAAAGGUUGCUAGUCUAUUUGACAAACUGAAGACAAAAGAACGAAACGGUCAAGUUCUGCCACUACCGGAGAAGUCAUCCGAUCAAGAGUAAUAUUACACCUGAUCAUCACACACUGCAGAGCGUUCGCGUACAUCCGCGCAAAGUUUUUGUACGCUUGGACGAUUCGCGUCCAUUCCACUUUGAAUGCAGUCCAUUUUUUGCAGCUUGAGUAAUUUGUUGAGAAACAUCGUCAACCGGCUAAUUUUGUUUUGCUGAUAUCGUUGCUUUAAAAAUUUUACACAACAAUGAUCCUUUAUUGUAACAAUAAUGAUCGCGGCAGAAGCUUGAAGUAUUUGCCUAGAGUUUAUUUUAUUAAUUUUUUAUGCGUAGAGUAAUGCUUCUAAAUUGUCGACUGUCAUGAAAACAAUAAGUGCUAUAUGUACAUCGCUGGGCGAAAAUAAGACAUGCGUACUGUAAGAAAUCAUGUUG